AUGUGUUACUCCUGCAAUGGCGUGGCUUCACCUGUUGAUUGUGAACGCGCCAUUAACUGUCCAGCAAACGAGCAUUGUUUUACAGACAAGUACCUUAACGCCAAUGGCCAUAUGUUGUAUAAUCUAGGAUGUAAAUCCGACAGGAUAUGCACGUUACUAUCAACUUUGGGCGGGAAGCGUGACCUAGAAGAGGUACUUGGAAUAAAAGAUAAGAGAAAUGUCAUACAUAUGUGUACAAAGUGUUGUGACAAAGGUUACUGUAAUAAUGCUCUAUGUACAGAAACAACUACUCCAGCACCAAAUAUGCAGUGUUAUAAAUGUGACGAUAUCGAAGAUUUAGCAGCAUGUGAAACCCUAGUGGCAUGUCCGGAAUAUAACGAAUGUUUCGCCGACAUCUUCUACAACGACAGAGGAGAUAUACGUCAUCAACUUGGGUGUCGACCAAAAGAGACUUGUCGACGAUUUUUGGCCUUGGGAGCCCAUGUUCCACAUGGAAAGCGUCAAGGAUUUGCACAGUUGUGUGGCGGUUGUUGUGGUAGCGCAUUCUGUAACAUUAAGGGCUGUGAAAAAAUUGAUCAUGUAAAACUAGGUCACCAUGUUUCCGUCUCGACGACAUCAAGUGGUUGAAAUGCUAAAAAUAAAGAUAUAGUUGAUAUCAUAGCCG